AUGGCCAACCAAGGGAACUGUGUCUCAUAUGCGCUUUUCGUUUCUUGGAUAGUGUUACUAUCUUCCUGUACAGCAAGCUUCGCUUUAACAGCAGAGGCUCUGGCCCUCCUCAAGUGGAAAGAAAGCCUGGGAAAUCAGUCAAUUCUCCAGUCAUGGGGACUUUCCCUGGAAGAUGCCAAUUCCAGUAACACAAAUCAUUGCGAAUGGCGAGGAAUAAUGUGCAAUGAUGCAGGAAGUGUUACUGAAAUAAAUCUUGCAUACACAGGCUUGACAGGUACUCUCCAAUUCUUAGAUUUCUCUUCCUUCCCAAAUCUUCUUCGUCUUGAUCUUAAAGUAAACCAACUCACAGGCACCAUUCCGUCCAACAUUGGGUUACUUUCCAAACUCCAAUUCCUUGACCUUUCCACCAACUCUCUUAACGGCACUCUGCCUCUUUCUCUUGCCAAUCUCACUCAGGUUUACGAGCUUGACGUUUCUCGAAACAAUGUUACUGGUGUGCUAGACCCGCGCUUGUUCCCUGAUGGAACAGGUGCUGCCAAAACAGGCCUUGUUAGCCUAAAAAAUUUACUCUUUCAAACUACAGGGCUUGGUGGCAGGAUUCCUCAAGAAAUAGGAAACCUGAAUUAUCUGUCUCUUCUAGCGCUAGAUGAGAAUCAUUUUUAUGGUCCCAUCCCUCGAUCUUUAGGAAAUUUGAGUGAGUUAUCCAUUCUGCGCCUUUCCGGCAAUCUCCUGUCUGGGAACAUCCCACCAAAUUUAGGCAGAUUAAGCAAGUUAACUGAUUUGCGCUUGAUCACAAACAAAUUGACCGGUUUUGUGCCUCCAGAAUUGGGCAAUCUUUCAUCGUUAACUGUUCUUCACCUUUCUGAGAAUAACUUCACUGGCCAAUUGCCACAACAAGUGUGCCAAGGUGGAAAGCUAAUCAACUUCACAGCUGCCUUCAACAAUUUCUCUGGUCCAAUCCCAUUAAGCCUAAAAAACUGCCAUAACUUGUACAGAGUCAGGCUUGAACAUAACCAUCUCACGGGAGCUCUAGACCAAGAUUUUGGAGUAUAUCCAAAUCUCACUUAUAUUGACCUAAGUUUCAACAAUUUUAGAGGUGAGAUCUCCGCGAAUUGGGGAGAAUGUCAGAACCUCACAGUUAUGAGAAUUGCUGGGAAUAUGCUGAGUGGUAAAAUCGCUGUUGAGAUUAGUCAACUGAACCGGCUAGCAGUGCUUGACCUUUCUUCCAAUCAAAUUUCUGGAGAGAUACCGGUGCAACUCAGAAAAUUAUCCAAACUGUUGGUUCUAAGCCUGAAAGAUAACAGGCUUUCAGGUCAGGUGCCAGUUGAAAUUGGAGAACUUUCCAGCCUGCAGUUUCUAGACCUCUCUAUGAACAUGUUGAGUGGGCCAAUUCCGUAUCAAAUAGGCGACUGCACUAGACUUCAACUGCUAGGCUUGGGCCAGAAUAGCUUGAACGGGACAAUCCCAUAUCAAAUUGGUAAUCUUGUAGCUUUACAAGAUUCACUAGAUUUGAGCUAUAAUUUUCUCACUGGAGGGAUACCUUCUCAGCUUGGGAAGCUUACGAGUUUAGAACGACUGAAUCUAUCCUGCAAUAAUCUCAGUGGUUCAAUUCCUACUUCUCUUAGCAACAUGUGGAGUUUGAUUGAUGCCAACUUCUCAUACAACAAUUUAGAGGGUCCACUUCCCGAUAGCAACAUCUUCCGUUCAUUCCAGCCAAGUGCUUAUAGCAACAAUAAAGACUUAUGCAGCGGUCUGGUCCAAGGUCUGAGACCCUGCAAUGCCACACGUGAGAGAAAGAGUGAUGGGAAUAAGAAAAACAGAGCUGUAAUUGUUUUUGCUCCGAUAGCAGGUGGGCUGUUCCUUUCACUUGCAUUAGUUGGUGUUCUUGGAUUUCUCCGGAUAUGGAGAUCAAGUAAUUUGCCAGAAGAUAGAAGCAAAUCAAGCAGCAGAGAAGAUCCAUUCUCGAUAUGCUAUUUCGAUGGGAGGAUUGCGUAUGAAGACAUCAUUAAAUCCACAGAAAACUUCAAUGACAAGUACUGCAUUGGAGAGGGGGGAACGGGGAAGGUUUACAAAGUGGAAAUGUCAGGUUCUCAAAUGUUAGCUGUGAAAAAGCUGAAUUAUCAGAGCAGAGAUGGAGAGGUUGAG